CUCAUUGUCGCAGCUUGGCUAUAAAAUAAUCUCAAGCACUGGAGAAAAUGAGAUCACCUGGACUCUUCAGCGUGAGCUAUAAAUGUUGACCGAUAUUAAUUUUUUUGUGUCUUUGCUGUCAUUAUAUGUUUAAAAAUGGAUCAUGUCAAUUGUGAUCACACUCACUGCACAACUGCAAACCAAUCGGUUUGUCAGACACUAUCGGAAAUGGAAUGGGAGAGAGGAAUAUGGAAUGCUGCUUUUAAUGGUGACAAAGAGAAAGUGGACAUGUUAAUAAACAAAGCAAACAAUGCUAAGGAAUUUGUGAAUAAGCCAGACAAUUCUGGGUACACCGCACUGCACUACGCCGCACGUAAUGGUCAUGUAGACAUAUGUAGAACGCUGCUGGGGACUGGAGCAUGUGUUGACGCUCAGACUAGUGGAUUGGCUACACCACUUCAUAAGGCUGCUGCUGCAGGUAAAGCAGCUACCCUAAAAUUCCUUAUUCAGUGUGGAGCAAAUGUGCUAAUGCAAGAUACAGAUGGCCAGACUGCUCUUCACAAGGCCAUAGCUAAUAAACGUACCGACCUGAUCAACAUUUUACUACAAGCAUGUCCUGAACUUGCUAAUGUUAAGGACAAGAUAGGUCGUGUUGCAGACGAACUUUCACAUAACUGAAUAAUUUGGUAAUUGGAGAUUACCUAUAGUCUAUUGCAGUGUCCUUCAAUCUGUGGGUCGCGAAGCUCCUCCCAGUCAUAAAGCAAUACAUACCUAAGUGAAAUAUUUUGUACAUACUAUCGCGCGUCGCGUCAUGAAAAAGGUUGAAAAGGUUGCGUCUAUUGAAUUGAAACAAGUUUAACUUGUCAAACAUUUUCUUUUUUCAUGCUUUCUAUAAUUUUAUUAUUUAAGCCAUAUAUCAUCACACCCUUUGAAAUUGUAAGUUAUAAAAAUGUAUUACUAUUUUACUUUAGCUGUGCUGGAGACUGGAGGCUCCGUGAUUGUUGACCCAAUUAGGAUUAUGAUUCUAGCUAAAUUGGUUGUUCAAUACUUAGGCUAUGGAAUAUCCAAUUCAGCUAGAACCCUAAAUGACGCAACAAUCACGAAGCGUGACUGUACAAGUCUGCAUUGCUAUUGUAUAAAAAUAAUAUUGUGUGGGCCAUGUUCCAUAUAAUGAUAUAGGACUAUUGAAAACUUAAGACUAAUAUUGUGUGUAAGUAUGAAAUGGUCCUUAUAUUGUUUGUAUUAAGUGUUAUAUUGAUUAGAAAGCCAUAAUUAUUUUAUUGACAUCGAUUAUUGUUUACUUGUUUUAUUUAAUUUAAUUACGUGGAACUUACGAAGUUAAUGCUGUAUUUUAUGUUAAGUUGUUUAUAUUUUUUAUAUAUAGAGUAAUUUAUUCGUCUUGCAGCCCUGUUACAGUGUUCAUUACAUUUCAAGGUUGUUGCGAUAUGUUUUUAUAUAUUAUUACUUAUAUUAUUAUGGUUCUGUGAUCUGCCCAAUAUUAUAAUAUAAAACUUAUUUUGUUGCUUAUAAGGCAAUUGAAAAAUACACGAAGGUUUUAUUUUAAGUAGUAGUAUAAAUAUAAUGGAAGGAUAUUUUUGACCAAAAUGCCAUUUUAAAGAUACCUUUUUAAUUUAUAAUAAAAUGAAGUGAUGUUAAAUUUGUUAGGAACGUUUUUAAACAAAAAUAUCUCUAUACAUUUUGCUAUUCUAUUUUAUGUAUAGGUUAAGAUUAAUAAUGACAUUUCAUCACAAUAUAUUUAGGGCAAUAAGGUAGGUACUGUAAGGACCACGCACUUAAUGAAACGGACAUGGAGUUAAAAGUGCAUUUUAUUAAAAUAUUUUAUCUUCGGGAAAGGCCAUCUCUCGUAACCUUAAUUGCUCAUGGCAUCCCUUGACAACCACUGUCAAAGAUUCUUCACAUAAGAUAGGGUUACAUAUUUUUAUUUAGUAAUCGAUAUUUGCUUUAAGUUAAUCACAAACAGUAGUGAACUCUAUGCCAUCGGCAUAAAGUUCAUCUUCAUGUCUAUUUCCAAGCAUGUGAUUUUGAGAUUGGUUGUUGAGUCUUUUUGAAAGUAGGUACUAUUUCUUAUAUGCCUAGUUUACACCUGACAGAUUCUCAAUGAAAGUUAUUGUCAUUGUGGUGCAAUGUGUUUGUUUAAUUAUCGUAUACUUGCAAAUACAUAGUUGUUAAUUAUAAGAACCACAACGCGUGUUUUGAAUGUAUACAUGUGUGUUUUGCAGUUUUAUGUCCAUUCCAAGAGGGAUUAGUCUUAAGUUUUAUCUAAAAUAUCGUCAUGUGUAAACAAAGCAUUUAUUUCGUUAUUUGGAAAAAUUUGUAGCGGUUAUCGCAUAGUAGGAACAUAAUCAAUUUUAUAUUUUCCACUUACACCUUUGUACUAACAAUAAUGUUUUAGUAAUAAUAAAACGCAUGAAUGUAAA